AUGCUGGCCGCCGCCUGGCUGGCCAGGGGCUCCUGGGGGCUUCUCCGCGGCGCGACGCGGAGGCGGCCGGGCGGCGGCGGCGGUGCGAGGCCUUUGGGCGGCCGGCCCGGUCCGGUGGCGUGUGGGGGGCGGCGGGGCGGGGGCGUCUCGUGCCCGCCCGCGCGCGCGGGCCCCCCGCGGCUGCUGCGCGCUCCCGCCGCCGCCUGGAGCCGCCUCCUGAGCGGCGGGGCCGCCCCGCCCGAACGGCCCCGGGAGCGCGGCCCGGCGGGGCCCUACGCCGAGCUGUACGAAAACCCCUGGACCAUCCCAAAUAUCCUGUCCAUGGCGAGAAUGGGUCUGGCGCCAGUUUUAGGCUAUUUGAUUGUUGAAGAGAAUUUCAACGUUGCGCUCGGUGUCUUUGUCCUGGCUGGCGUGACAGACCUGUUGGAUGGAUUUAUUGCACGGAACUGGGCUAAUCAGAAAUCAGCACUGGGAAGUGCUCUCGAUCCCCUGGCGGAUAAAAUUCUCAUCAGCGUGCUCUACGUGAGCCUAACUUGUGCAAAUCUUAUCCCAGUUCCACUGACUUCCAUGAUUAUCCUGCGGGAUGCAGCACUCAUUGCCGCAGUUUUUUACGUGAGAUACAAAACUCUUUCUCCACCGAGAACACUGAGUAGGUAUUUUAACCCCUGUUAUGCUACUGCACAAUUAAAACCAACAUUCAUUAGCAAGAUGAACACAGCAGUUCAGCUGAUUUUGGUGGCGGCUUCUUUAGCAGCUCCUGUUUUUAAUUAUGUGGACAGCAUAUAUCUGCAGACAUUAUGGUGCAUCACAGCUUUCACAACGGUGACAUCUGCCUACAGCUAUUACCACUACGGCAGAAAAACUGUCCAGGUGAUCAAGAACAAGUGAAGUGGUCCAGGUGAUAAAAGGUGAAGUGUUCCUGGAAGGGCAGGAAGGUGCUGUGCCCACAGAGGUGGUGGUAUUGCAGCUGAGUUUUGGAUCAAAGCAAGCUUUGUUUUUCUGCUUAAACCAUGGCAUCACAAUGAAGUGAAAUUUGAAUAUGUACUGUGUAUAUAUAUAGAGAGAGACUUUUCAAUGUAUUUUUAAUUUCUUUAAAAAUGAGGUUGUUUACAAAAGCAAAUAAAUACCAUUCUUAAAAACAUGG